AUGGAAGUCAUACAAAACAAGUCAUUUUUUGACUUUCAACAUUCUCUUGAUAAGACCGAAAACAAUAUUUAUGUUUUAAGCUUCAAUGCAACAGUUUUAGUGAAGUUUCAAAAUAUAUUUCUAAGAAACUACAUAAAUGUUCUAAAUGCCAAUGGAAAAUACGUGCCUUUUAUUGGAGGAGGUGUAGCUGAUUUAUGCAAGUAUCUCAACAAUCGAAAAGGAAAUAAAUUUAUGCGCGUAUUGGUAUCAAAAUUUAAAGGUUCCAACAACUUUGCAACAUCUUGUCCUAUUGAGCCAGGAGUAUAUCACGCAGAUGAUAUAAUAUUUGACGGAAAUAGUUUCAUAACUCAGUUCAUUCCAGAUGGGAAACUAAUGGCUGCAGUAGAGUUAGGCACAAAAAUCAAUGGCAAAAUGAAUUAUUUUUUCAAAACUGAAUUAUACUUAAACUUGAUGGAUCCCAUGAAAUGGGAAAAAGAGCGAUCCAGAAAUGAUUCUCAGAAGGGGUCAAAAGUUUAA